CCUCGACCUUUGCACAUUCCUCUUUUCCAUCCUCCUUUCUCGCUUUCAUCCACACAGCACCCUCUUCCGUCUCUUCCUUCUUUACUUCCUCCUUCUUCUUUCCCUAUCUCUCUCGUCCUCAUUCUUCACACAUAUUCACUAUGAGCGACUAUCAGCCCAUCGACGACUCUCAGUCCUGGAGCUCGCAUGACGUGCUCUUCCUGGGCUCAAGUGACCAGGAGCGGAUGAUCGAACAAGGAGCAGGGGUCACUGUGCUGGUGUUUGUCUCGCUGACGCUCCUCUUCUCGAUCAUCAACACACAUAAAUCGGGAGCACAUCUCAUGCUGGGCUUUAUCAUCACUGGAUUCGCACUUUGUCUGGGACACCUGCUCAGGGCAUGGAGAAAUGGCGAUUUGGAUCCAAAGUUCAAGUACUUUAUCCUCACCCAGACCGUCCUUCUCACGCUCCUCUGCAUCAUCGCAAACAUUUACUUUUGGCAGUAGAGACCCUACACUUAGACCACAGUACGAAAAACGACAACAGAAAAUAUGCAAUAACCAAUACAACUUCAUAUAUAACUGUGC